AUGUGGACGAGGGCGGUAUGCCCACGGUUCUAUUCCGCGGCGCCGGAGAAGACGGCACCGCCAGCCACGUCGUGGGCGCGCUCCGUGUUUCGGGUCCUGGCGUGGGUCCCCGUGGUGAUGUUUGUCACGAGUCAUGUGUGCAGCAUUGCCAACGUGCAUGGCCACAGCAUGAGCCCUACGUUCAAUCCUAUUGACCCCGAGCAGUUUGGGCAUCCCAGCGAGCGGCCCUCGAGUGAUAUUGUGCUGCUCAACCGCACGGUCACGGCGCGGCGCAACUAUAAGCGGGGCGACAUUGUGACACUGUACUGCCCGAACGAUCCGAACCGACUCAUCACAAAGCGGAUUCUUGCGCUGGGCGGCGAUACCGUGCGAGUAUGGGUGCCCAGGGGCAUGGACCUAGCUCCUGCGUCGUCCGGGCGCGGACGUGCCGACGUCGUAUCGCUCGCAUACACCAAUAUCUACCAGAAAGCGCUCCGCGAGCUGGCCUCGGAGAUCGAGGACCACGCAUCGGGUGCGUGGCUCAGCAUCACGAUUCCACCGCAGUACGCCUGGGUUGAGGGCGAUGCCAGUGCCCACGCACCGACGCAAUUAAGCCGGCUGCAUCCUGACAUCAAGAGCCGUGAUAGUCGCGAGUUUGGCCCGGUGCCCCUGGGCCUGAUCACGUCGCGUGUCGAGUACAUUCUAUGGCCGCUAGCGCGGUUCGGACGGCCGCCGCCGCGACCGAGGCAAGCCGUUAGUUUAUGA